AUGGCGACCACCAAAGCCAAGUUGGGUUCUUCUCUCAUUUGUGUGCCUCCCUUGGCUUCCUCAGCAACCAAGUCUGAUAAAGCUGAUAUGGCCAAGAUUGAGAAAUUCGAUAAGUCAAAAAUGAAGAAGACAGAAAAGCAAAAGAAAAAUCCACUGCCUUCCAAAGAAAUGGCUGAACAGGAGAAGCAAGCAGGCAAAUCAUAA